UGCCUGCAGUCUUUGCAGCCACUGUUUUCGCCGCCUCCUCCUCCUCCUCCUCCUCCUCCUCUUCUUGCCUCUGUCUAUCUGUCCAGUCCGGGAAUGUUGACCACCGUGGCCUGAUCCAGCGCUGUCGAGUGUCCCUUCAUCUCAACACUACCACUCCGGUUUGUGUCUCUGAGGGUCGUUGCCUGUCUGAGCUGAUCUGGCUGUAAAGGUACUUUGCCCCGUCCAUCUUCUAUCACACCUGAUCCAACUGAACAAGUUGUACAAAAGAGCUGAGAUACACCAAGCAUGGCUGUGGCCGGAUGUCCGGAUUAUUUCCUGCAUCAUCCAAAUUAUCAGCAGGACAAAAUAGACCGGUCCUCCAAUCACAGACAAGCUGACCUCAUUGGUCCGAGCUUCCAGCAGACAACCAAUCGGAAUUCUCCUAACCAUCAAGAGGAUGACGUCGAUUUAGAGGCCCUGGUGAAUGAUAUGAACUCUUCGCUGGAGAGCCUGUACUCCACCUGCAGUGGUCAGCAGACAGAGUCCACCCCACUACUGCACAACGGACAGACCUCUUCCUCACACCAACACCACCACCACCACCACCACCUUCAUCAUCACACACAACACAUCCAGCCGCGGCAGGGUCAGCACUCGCACGCGCUAAGCCACGUCUCCCCGGAGCCUCCCUCCUCCUCCUCCUUGUCCACUGACUCACCCCAAACAAGCCUCCGACGGUCACAACCCAUGCACAUCCUCGCUGUCAGGCGGCUGCAGGAGGAGGAGCAGCAGCUGAGGACAUCAUCUCUCCCGGCCAUCCCGAACCCCUUUCCUGAGCUCUGCAGUCCAGCAAGCUCACCUGUACUCAGUCCUGGGUCCCUACCUCCUGGAGAACCCUCUACUGGCAAAUAUAUCGUGAAGAUCUUCACUGAAGACGGCAUGGGUAAAGUGGUGGAGAUCCCAGCCGACAUGACGGCCAGGGACCUUUGCCAGCUCCUGGUGUAUAAAAGCCAUUGUGUGGACGACAACAGUUGGGCACUUGUUGAGCACCACCCGCUGCUAGGGCUAGAGCGCUGUCUAGAAGACCAUGAGUUGGUGGUUCAGGUCCAGGCUUCUAUGAACAGCGACAGUAGAUUCCUCUUCAGAAAGAACUAUGCCAAAUAUGAAUUCUUCAGAAACCCUCUGACAUUUUUCCCAGAGCACAUGGUUGCAUGGUGCCAGGAAACCAAUCGUAUGAUUCCACCAUCUCAGCUCCUGCAGAACUUUCUAGCGACCAGUAGUUGUCCAGAAAUCCAGGGUUAUCUGUACGUGAAGGAGGUGGGAAGAAAGUCAUGGAAGAAAGUUUACAUGUUCCUGCGGCGCUCAGGACUCUACUGUUCUACAAAAGGAACUUCAAAGGAGCCAAGACAUCUACAGUUAUUAGCAGACCUAGAAGACAGUAACAUCUUCACUGUCAUCACAGGCAAAAAGCAGCACGGUGCACCCACAGACUUCGAGUUCUGUAUCAAGCCCAAUAAAGGUCGAGGGGAGCUGAAGGAGUUGAGGAUCCUGUGUGGUGAUGACGAACAGGGCAGGACCUGUUGGAUGACUGCUUUCAGACUCUUUAAGUAUGGGAUUGUAUUGUACCAGAAUUAUAAGAUUCCCCAACAAAGAAAAACCUUGCUCUCACACUUCUCAGGACCUGUGCGAAGUGUGUCAGAGAACUCCCUUGUGGCAAUGGACUUCUCAGGGAGGAUAGGCAGGGUGAUUGACAACCCUGUGGAGGCUCAGAGCGCUGCCAUGGAGGAGGGGCAUGCGUGGAGGAAGAGGAGUCAACGAAUGAACAUAUUAGGCUCCCACAGUCCAUUACAUCACUCCUCACUAAGUUCAGUCAUCCACAUAGCUCAGUUGUGGUUCCAUGGCAGGAUAACCAGAGAAGAAUCCCAUCGCAUUAUCCACCAGCAGGGACAAGUAGAUGGGUUGUUUCUGCUGAGAGUCAGUCAGAGUAACCCCAAGGCGUUUGUGCUCACAUUGUGCCAUCACCAGAAAAUCAAACAUUUCCAGAUUCUACCAUGUGAAGAGGACGGACAAGUCUUCUUCAGCCUUGAUGACGGCGCCACCAAAUUCACUGACCUGAUUCAGCUGGUGGAGUUCUACCAGCUCAACAGAGGAGUGCUGCCUUGUAAACUCAGACACCCGUGCACCGUUGUGGCCUUAUGACAUCUGCGGAUCAUCUGACCCAUGAUCCCUAUCACUUGACCUCCCUUGACUCUGCCUAAAACAAACAAAACAAAAAGAAUCUUUCUGUUGGUUUGGUUCUUUAUGUUUUUAUCCUGAUAAGAAGCUGGUGAAUUGACUGAUGUUUCGUUGUUGUCGUUUUAUAUUGUCGAGAGUCCGCCGGAGAUUGAUGACCUGUUGGAUACCUUUUGGUUUGCAUGGAUGUUGAGGAGUCGGAUACACAAUUUGCUUGCAAAGUCACUGUGUGAAGAAGAGAAAAGACAAAGGAAAUGAACACUGCCGUUUGUGUCAAUGCUGUCGCAAAAUCUUCCACAAUCUUGCUACCAGUAGUCAUCAAUAAGCUUGGAACCAGUGACUUUCAAGGUUUUCUCUUCCAGCUCAAGUGUAGACUGUAUUUCCCUUCAACUGGACAAUCAGCAGGACAAUUCAAGCUUUCACGUGGACCACUCUGCUCCCUGAGAACAAAUUGUCAUCACUCAUCCUCAGUGAAUAUACUGUAGGUGGAGAGGUGAUUGUCUCUUUGUUUUGCACUCAUCGAACUGGGAGAGGCCUUUGAGGGUGCAUGACUUCCCCGCUGUUGCAUUACUUUUAACUGUGAUAUGGUGCCACCGCCCUCUAGUGUCAUAGGCAUGUAAGGACAUGUCAAAAUUUAACAUUCAUUUGAUAUAGAGGCACCAGAAAGAGUGUGGCCUCUAAAUCCUUUUGAGUGUUUGGAGAAAUCAGAAGUUUGUCGGGACAAACUAACCUGGAGUAGAUGGCAAAGGAAAAAUCUGGAAUUGUUGAAAGUAUUUUUUUAUUAGUGGACAAUACAAAAUCUGUGUCGUCCAUCCUCGCUCAUGUUCAUCUCUGACCACACAGGGUUUCGUUUCUUUUAGACAUAUUCAUUGCAUUGCAUUUCAAUAUUCUCUUUAUAAAUGUGUUUAAAGUCCACCUCCUGCAUCCUGGAUAUGUGUAACUCUUCAGUAUCCACAUAAGCUACAAAAAAGGUCAACCUGUAUUUGUCAUUCUAUUGCACACUCAAGUUUCCUAAAGUAAUUCCCAUGCAACUUCCACAUAAUGUAUAAUGGUGUCAUUCAGGGUGAAAUGAGUAAUAAAGCUAAACAAAUUAUUUAACCAGGUAGACAGUUUUGGUGAUUGUAAUGUUGACAAGUGAAACCAGGUUACAGUUUGGAAAUGAGAAAGUGCAGCCUGUAGAGAUAUGUCCACUUUCUUAUACUGCAGGCAAAGGUAUAAGGCUAUCAGUUGCAUUAGAUUAAGCGAGACGAAUGAGAAUAUCAUUCAUUUGUCUGAUUGUCCUCACAACAGGCAGGGAAGGAUAACCACUAGCAUUUCCUUCAGUACUUUUACCCAACUAGCUGUCAAAAAAUCACACUCUAUUACUCUUUGUCAAACCAAAAUAGUUCAGCCCAAACAUACAGCAGAGCCUGUGGGGGAGACCCAUUCUGGUUCUGAAGCCUCUUCUCACAUACUGCAUGUUCCCUAAGUCAGUUAAGUGCUGUCAGAGUAUUAGACAUAGUCCUGUGCCCUUAAACAAAAAUGUGUUUAGGAAAAUAUGAAUUGGCGUGCUCUUACUCUACAUUACUACUAGACAUUAUUUAAAUGUAAUGCAUAGAUUACAUUCCAGAUAAUAUGGCCUUUUUUUUUUUACAUGAAAGUACUUGUGAGCAAACAUUACACACAUACUCCCUACUGGACACUACACUGUCAAACGUUAGCUCACCUUUUGCAGUAAUAAUUUACCCCAUCCUCUCCUGCUAUUCAUCCUUUCUGACUGUCUAAUCAGUUUCUUAAGCUUAUUGUUGGAUAAAGUGAAAAUACCCUCUCAGCAGUGUGGUAGAAACUGGACAUGUUAGGACUGACUUCAAAAACAUUACAGGGCUGAUUUUCAUUAUUUUAAUCCAUGUCCGUUCAUCUGAGUUUGCAAAUAUGGUACAAGAUGUGUUUUCAAGUGACAAUUACGAGACCACCAGACAGAGAACAUGGGGCGACAAACUCUUACUGAGUUUGUUUGAGGGCACUGGCUAUGCCAACCUUUAGUUUUAACCUAUACACAUUCAGCGAAAAUCAUUUGUUUUCCUAGCACCCACCAAGGUCAAGUCAAACCCAAAAAAGGCAAUUUAAUGGAUUCCCAUUUGCAUUUUGGCCAAGUUUACUAUUGACUUCCUGUAAUUAACUAUAGUAUAGUGGAGGAAGAUUCCAACACAGUGCCUCUAGGUAACCCAGAUCAAAUGUAUUUUUGUUAUAGAUAGAAAUACAUUAUUUUGCACUGAUAGAUCACGUCUGGCAAAAUGGAACAAAAUGGAUUACACAUGCUGAAGGGCAAAUCCUAGCCAUCUCAAAGUCUCUGAAGACAUAGGUAAAUUGGUUGAGAUUCUGUUGAUAUUUAAAUUCAGCCUUGUUUGUCACUUCACUCAAGUCCAUCCUAGUGAUUUUGGUUCAGAAUAAUCCUCUCUGAGAUAGUCCCACCACAAACAGCUAUUUUUUGUUAUCUCAUAACUAAGCCUGAUGAUUUCUUAAAAACUCAUGUUUGAAAGUUUUAUUUAGUCCAAGCUUUGACCGUAGCUUUGUUUAGGCCACGAUCCAGCAGAUAAUUAGAGAACUAUUUGUACUUACCUGUAAUAAUGCAGCAUCAACAGCCAUCUUUUAUUUACAUGCAGGUUGUCUUAAGGUAUAUUGAUCAAAUGAAUAGCCACGCUAUAUCAACACACUGUGCAUGGUCACCAUUAUUUAUCUAAGAUGCAAUGAUUAAUCAUUUUAUUGUUUCAGCAAAAUGUAUUUAUUUAUCUGGAUGUGACUGAUUACUUGAACAUUUUAGAUUUAUUUUUCUCAGCGCUGUUCUGUACUGUUUUCUUUUGUAAUUACCAUGAAAUGAUUGACCAGUGUGAUUUAUUAUUAUUAUUAUUAUUAUUAUUAUUAUUAUUAUUAUUAUUAUUAUUAUUAUUAUUAUUAUUAUUAUUAUUAUUGUUAUUAUUUUAAUGAUAUAGCAUCUAUUGAUGUAUUUUGUUUUCCCUUUUUUUUAGGUUUGAUUAUUCAAAAACUAUUUUCGUCAUCAUCAACACUCAUGAAUUGAUGUUUUAAAGCACACUGGCAUCUGUAGUGUCAACGUUGUCAUUCCACUAGAUGACAGGUGGGAUGUUGUGAAAUCAAAAACAAAAAAAUUACCAGUUUCCCAAAACAUUAACUUUUUUUAAAGUCUUUUUAUUCUUAUUAAUUACGUUUCUUUUUCUCAGAUCUAUAAAAAAAACAUCCUAUUUUAAGUAUUCCAGCCAUUUUAUGUUUAGAAGCCUAACGUUUUUGAAAUCAUCACUUUUUUGUGGUGAGUUAAGUAAGACAAAACAUAUACAUAAAUUAAAAAACUAAUUCAAACCACAAUGUUUUGGGAAACUGGGUCAAGUAAGCCUCAAUAUUCUCAUAAUUCACUGUUUCAAUGCCUUGCUGUGAAUAGAGAAUUGUAGACAUUUAGAUGUAGGACAAAACUUUACAGUCAAGUUAACCCCCACCACCACCACACACAAGCAUACACACACAUGCAUACAUACAUACAUACAUACAUACAUACAUACAUACAUACAUACAUACAUACAUACAUACAUACAUACAUACAUACAUACAUACAUACAUACAUACAUACAUACAUACAUACAUACAUACAUACAUACAUACAUACAUACAUACAUACAUACAUACAGGCACAGUAAGCUCCUCUACAUUAUUUUACCCUUAAAACUGCAAAAAGGGAUAUUGUAUUCCAUUUAAUUCAAACCAUACCAGAGCAACAAUCAACAGAUUGAAGAUUAUUUAAUACGUAGAUUUUAUCAUUUGCAUGAAUGUUGAGUGAGUUGAAUGAGUUUAUAAUGUAGGGAUUCCGUCACUGACAUUCGAUAUGUGGAUAUUUGGUGGAAUCUGGAGAAUGACAAUACAUAAAUGCAUCUUCUAGUACUUGCUGGAAGUCAUCUUAAGCUAUUGAAACGUCACUGAAUUGGUGAUAGUCGCUGUUUCUGAGUACUAAUCUAAAAGUCUCCUGAGAGAAUCACACGAAUCCCUCUGCACUCCCCUUGUUACUUUUUUUAAUGACUGAAGUGAAUGGUAGCAGAGGUAAACAAGUGAGGGACAGAACAGGUAGCCUUGUAAAAUUGAGUCCGUAUUUACAUAAAAACUGUCACAUGGACAGGAUGUUACUAGGCAACGGGUUGAUUUGUUGAAAUGCAAAAGACAGGGGGUAUAUUCAAUUAAUGAACACAUGAAAAAUAAAUUGGUGGAUUUGGAUAUCCACAUUUUUACACUUAACAGAAAUGAAUGUAACCGGGUUGCUCAGGGUUGACUUGGAGCAUGUUAAAAACUACUGGUCCAUCAGAGUUUCAGGACUUUCACGUACUGGAUGAUGAUGGAUACAAGAAUAUUUUGGCUUCAUUAAACUGAGAGUUAUAACAACAAACUUUUAUCCAUUAUGUUCACCAAUCUGCUAGUUGUGAUUACUUGAAAAAUAUUGUUGCAGCAAAAUUAAGUAGAUUCAGUAUUAUUUAAAGAGUGCAGUUAAGUAAAUCAUGUUGUCAGUACUAUUGUUUAAACUGUUUGUUUAGAAGGGAAAAAAAGCCUAAAACACUUGCUUGGCUACCUAAACUGAUUUAAAGCCCCACCACCACCCAUUAUCUAAUCAACUCCACUAAUCACCUACAGCAAUAACAGCCAACCAAUUUAUGAAACACUUGAAAUGUUCAUGCCAUCAAUUCUAGCAAAUUAGAAGACAUUAUAAUCCAAUCUGAAUUGUGAUGUCAUAUUAUGCUGUGUUUUACAAAAAUAAUCAUAUAAACACUCAAACUAAAACUGAUUCAGUGGAGUUGAGCACAGUGUCAUUUUUGGUAGCCAGGUAACUUGUAACCACAGAUGGUGCCUCUGCUGACUUCUCCCACUCUGCACAAACCAGACCUAACAUGUGAAUGACAAAGACAGUGCUACCAUUCACACUCCCUGCUGUUCAAGCAUGCCUUGAGUUUGAAACCCCUGCAAGUUUAGAAGUAUUUGAUUAAUACAAUUUAAUAGCCGAAAACAGCACUCAAAAUGAUUCCGGCGAAAGAUGAUUGGGAAAGAAAACUCCUAUUUUCAGUUAUUGUUUUGCAGUUUCAGUUUACUUUCGGAGUUGAAAGCGAGUUGCAAAGACGGCUCAAUUGAUUAUCAUGUUGACUCUUGUGCAUUUUCAUAACAUUGUCACAAUGCAAGAUACCGUGGCUGUACAAAUGAGUAAAGUAAAAAUAUAUCUAUAUAUAAAAAUAUAAACUAUUAUGUAUUUCAGGGAAUGCAAAAAAGAAAACAGUAAUUUAUCUCUUUUUGUAAGAGAGAGUUCCUGUAUUCAUAAUGUGCUUUGCUUCAAUCUGUAAAUAGUUGAAUGGCUUAUAAAUCUUAAUUGUAACCUUUUCAGGUAUUUUUGUACAAAUAAGGGACUGAUAUAUUCUGUUUAUUGUAAUUAGAA